CCUGGCGAGCUGGGCAUGGGUCUCCUCUUGCCCUACGGCCCAGUUGGCUCGUUCUGUGGCUCCGAUCAGUGUCCGCGCACACGGUGUCCUUCUAGAGACUGGACAAGAGCCCCUUUGCUCCUGGCUGGACCACACUGGGCUCUGCUCUGGGGUCCAGCUGGGGUCCCACUGGCCGGCAGUGCCGGGACCUGCUCACCUCCCUCUCGCCUUCUCUUCCGCAGGCCUUUUCCCUCAGAGGAGACCACAGAGAAUGACGAUGACGUCUACCGCAGCCUGGAGGAGCUGGCUGACGAGCAUGACCUGGGGGAGGACAUCUACGACUGCGUCCCGUGUGAGGAUGGAGGGGAUGACAUCUACGAGGACAUCAUCAAGGUGGAGGUGCAGCAGCCCAUGAUUAGAUACAUGCAGAAAAUGAGCAUGACUGAGGAUGACAAGAGGAACUGCUGCCUGCUGGAGAUCCAGGAGACCGAGGCCAAGUACUACCGCACCCUGGAGGACAUAGAGAAGAACUACAUGAGCCCCCUGCGGCUGGUGCUGAGCCCGGCGGACAUGGCGGCUGUCUUCAUUAACCUGGAGGACCUGAUCAAGGUGCAUCACAGCUUCCUGAGGGCCAUUGACGUGUCCAUGAUGGUGGGGGGCAGCACGCUGGCCAAGGUCUUUCUCGAUUUCAAGGAAAGGCUCCUGAUCUACGGGGAGUACUGCAGCCACAUGGAGCACGCCCAGAACACUCUGAACCAGCUCCUGGCCAGCCGAGAGGACUUCAGGCAGAAAGUCGAGGAGUGCACGCUGAAGGUCCAGGACGGAAAAUUUAAACUACAAGACCUGCUGGUGGUCCCCAUGCAGAGGGUGCUCAAAUACCACCUGCUCUUGAAGGAGCUUCUGAGCCAUUCUGCGGAACGGCCUGAGAGGCAGCAGCUCAAAGAAGCGCUGGAAGCUAUGCAGGACUUGGCGAUGUACAUCAAUGAAGUUAAACGGGACAAGGAGACCUUGAGGAAAAUCAGCGAAUUUCAGAGUUCUAUAGAAAACUUGCAAGUGAAACUGGAGGAAUUUGGAAGACCAAAGAUUGACGGGGAACUGAAAGUCCGGUCCAUAGUCAACCACACCAAGCAGGACAGGUACUUGUUCCUGUUUGACAAGGUGGUCAUCGUCUGCAAGCGGAAGGGUUACAGCUACGAGCUCAAGGAGAUCAUCGAGCUGCUUUUCCACAAGAUGACUGACGACCCCAUGAACAACAAGGACGUCAAGAAGCAAGCAGGCUUUCCUCUCCCGUCCCACCCUGCAGUGCUUGGAGGAGGGCUGUGGUCUCACGGGAAAAUGUGGUCCUACGGCUUCUACCUAAUUCACCUUCAAGGAAAGCAGGGUUUCCAGUUUUUCUGCAAAACAGAAGAUAUGAAGAGGAAGUGGAUGGAGCAGUUUGAGAUGGCCAUGUCAAACAUCAAGCCGGACAAAGCCAAUGCCAACCACCACAGUUUCCAGAUGUACACGUUUGACAAGACCACCAACUGCAAAGCCUGCAAAAUGUUCCUCAGGGGCACCUUCUACCAGGGAUACAUGUGCACCAAGUGCGGCGUCGGGGCACACAAGGAGUGCCUGGAAGUGAUCCCUCCCUGCAAGUUUACUUCUCCUGCAGAUCUGGACGCCUCCGGAGCGGGACCAGGUCCCAAGAUGGUGGCCAUGCAGAAUUACCAUGGCAACCCAGCCCCUCCCGGGAAGCCUGUGCUGACCUUCCAGACGGGUGACGUGCUUGAGCUGCUGAGGGGUGACCCUGAGUCUCCGUGGUGGGAGGGUCGUCUGGUGCAAACCAGGAAGUCAGGGUAUUUCCCCAGCUCAUCUGUGAAGCCCUGCCCUGUGGAUGGAAGGCCGCCCAUCAGCCGGCCGCCGUCCCGGGAGAUCGACUACACUGCAUACCCCUGGUUUGCAGGUAACAUGGAGAGGCAGCAGACGGACAACCUGCUCAAGUCCCACGCCAGCGGGACCUACCUAAUCAGGGAGCGGCCUGCUGAGGCUGAGCGCUUUGCAAUAAGCAUCAAGUUCAACGAUGAAGUGAAGCACAUCAAGGUGGUGGAGAAGGACAACUGGAUCCACAUCACAGAAGCCAAGAAAUUCGACAGCCUCCUGGAGUUGGUGGAGUACUACCAGUGCCACUCACUCAAGGAGAGCUUCAAGCAGCUGGACACCACACUCAAGUACCCCUACAAGUCCCGGGAACGCUCGGCCUCCAGGGCCUCCAGCCGGUCCCCAGCUUCCUGUGCUUCCUACAACUUUUCUUUUCUCGGUCCUCAGGGCCUCAGCUUUGCUUCUCAGGGCCCCUCCGCUCCCUUCUGGUCAGUGUUCACGCCCCGCGUCAUCGGCACGGCUGUGGCCAGGUACAACUUUGCUGCCCGAGACAUGAGAGAGCUUUCGCUGCGGGAAGGUGACGUGGUGAGGAUCUACAGCCGCAUCGGCGGGGACCAGGGCUGGUGGAAGGGCGAGACCAACGGACGGAUCGGCUGGUUUCCUUCAACGUACGUAGAAGAGGAGGGCAUCCAGUGACGGCAGGAACGUGGACAAGACGCACAGAUUUUCUUGGGAGAGUCACUCCAGCCCUGAAGUCUGUCUCUAGCUCCUCUGUGACUCAGAGGGGAAAUACCAACCUCUCCCAGUCUUCCACCGCCCACAGGGAUGGGGAGGGUGUUGAGAAUCCUAAACUCGAACCGUUUCACUGUCAGCCUGCCCUCGGCGACCCAUCAGUGGGUGUGCUAUUGUACAUAGAGGAAACCUGGGCUCGCCCCACCCAGAGCACAGAGGAGGGGGCACCAGCAGCACUGCAAGCCAGGCUCUGGGUAGCAGCUGAGGCCAGAAGCCCAUUGCCUGCCCCCAUCCAACCGAGAUGGCGGUCAGGAGCCUAGGUUUGAACAGCAGAUGCUGUCCCAGGAAGGGCUAGGGACAGCAGAGGGGACCUGCCCCCAGCCCCUCUGCUUAGCCCCUGGACUCAGCUUUGCCUGUCUUUUCCUGCUGCUCCCAGGGGGAGGUGUCAGGCCUCGGGAGGCAGAUGGGACCAGAGCCAGGCUGUUCACUGUGGGCUCACUUGCCCCACUGUGCUAGGGCGCAGGAGGAGAGCACUGCAGUGGCCCUCUGCAGCCACUCUGGCUCCCCAGACCUCCCUGACUCCCCCACUCCCCUCCAUGCCAGGGGCACACCCAGACCCCACAGGGCAGGCCCCUCUCUUGGGAGGGGCCUUUGGGAUGAUGAAAUUCCAACCCUGCUCCCUCGUCAGUGGUACUGUUUCCUGCCCUCUCUCUGAGGGGCCCUUUCUGGAGUCCUGGGAUGGUGUCUGCUUGGCCGUGGCCCUGCUGCCAGGUCAGUACAUCUUUUGUAAAAACCCUGAAAUGGGCAGGGAAGAAAACAGGGAUUUCCCCUCUCUAGAUCCCUGCCAGGUCCUUCUCCAGGAGGCCCCUCUGCUCUCCUGCAGGGUGGUCCCUGAGGGUCUGCCCAGCCUUGGCAUGAGAGGUUGGUUCCAGCCCCUGGCAGGGCUUCCUUCCAAGGGUCCCUGCAGCCUUCAAACUGGGCCUUGGGCAACUCAAAGUAAGUGCUCUUGGGGGUGGCUCUACCCCAUUGCCUCCCCCAGCCACGACUCCCGGCCUUUGACCUCCGGCUGGGUUAGCCAGACCCUGGUUUCUCUACCCUGAUGUUGCAUGGGACCUGGCAGCAGUGUCUCCCUCCCAGCUCCUUGCCAAAGCCUCUGUUGAGACCUGGGCUUCCUAUAGCCCCUUAUCCCUCUGGCCAGCUGCACAGCCUGUGGGAGGUGCCCGGCCCAGGUUGGGUGUGGGGGAGGCUGAUCCCUGCUGUGGGUGGCGCUGGGGACCUGGGGGCUCCUUGUGAGUUUGGCCUUGUGGCCUCUGAGCCGUAUGCCUCUGGGGCGUAGGGAAGAGGUGGGAGGAGUCACGGGGAUGGGGAGCGGCAGGACGAGAGAGUGGCCCUCGACAAAGGCUUGGGAAUGAGGGGAGGUAGAGGCAGGGCAGGGGAAGUGAAGAGUCGGCCUGGGAGAGAGCACCCUGGGGCCUGCGUGUCGGGGUACACCCAGCACUUUGCGCCCCACGGUCCAGCAGGCGCCGAGGAUGGAGGGGAGGAAGCCGGCAGCCCCUGUGUUUACUGUCGUCAGAAAGGUCUUGUCUUUUGGUUUUGGGGUUUUUUGUUGUGUUGUGUUUUUUUGGCUUGUUUGUUUUUUAAGGGGAAAAAAGUUUGUAAUUAUUUCAUCCAAAUCUCCCGUUAUAUAUCUGUGAAUAAUAAGAGAUUUUAUAAUAGCAAGAAAAUGAUGUAUAUUUUAGUUUGUUGACAAAUAAGUCGUCAUGAUCACAAAAGACACUGAGAAAAAAUAAUUUAGAGCCCUGACUUUUUGUGAAUUUGUUUGUUUUGUGUGUGUUUGUUUUGAGAUUUGUAUUCGGUUUGGUUUGGUUUUUGCACUGCACUAAGGCAGGAGGGUUGGAGGGCUGGGUGCAGCCGGGAUGUCUGAUGGUGUUCAGCAGGAGACGGGGUGUCCUCUGCGGGGGGCUAAACUGCAGAGGCCUGAGAUCAGCUGUGAACAUGUGGGAGCCCCAUGCAUGCGGGUCAGGGAUCUGGGCCCCCCUCCCCCCGAGCUGGCGGUAACCCCAAAUGGACACAAACUGUACAUUUGCCAAUGGGUUUUUUUCGGACCAUGGUUUUUACUUGCAAAUAAACCUGAGUUCUUUUCUGCA